UCCACUACAGCCACAACACUCCGGUUUGUCUGUUGCUUUGCUUCGGCUUUACAGCCAUGGCCAUGCCCGCCUCCAUUUCUCUUCCACUUACCUCUCCAUCUCCACGCUCUCUCGCCUCAAUUCCUUCUCUCCGAUCGUCUUUUUGCUCCCUUCUUCAACUGGAUUCCAUAGGAAAGAAUUCUGCUCGGAGAAGAAGCCCAAGGCUCUCUGUAUCCGUGACUUCCGCUGGCCUUCAUGUUACAGAGAAAGCGUCGUCGUUGUCUUUUCUGGAACGGAGAGAGAGUGGCUUCCUUCACUUUGUUAAGUACCACGGUCUCGGCAAUGACUUCAUCUUGGUUGAUAAUAGGGACUCCUCAAAGCCUAGGAUCACUCCGGAGCAAGCUGUGAAGUUAUGUGAUCGGAACUUUGGGAUCGGUGCUGACGGAGUUAUUUUUGCUAUGCCAGGCGUUAAUGGUACUGAUUAUACCAUGAGGAUAUUCAAUUCCGACGGUAGUGAACCGGAGAUGUGUGGUAAUGGAGUAAGAUGCUUUGCCAGAUUUAUUGCGGAGCUCGAGAAUUUACAGGGAAGGCAUAGUUUCACUGUUCAUACUGGAGCUGGUCUUAUUAUUCCAGAACUUCAGGAUGAUGGACAGGUAAAAGUAGACAUGGGUGAACCAAUUCUUAAAGCAUCAGAUGUGCCUACUCGAUUGGCACCAAAUGCAGAUGAAUCUGUUGUAAAGUCAGACAUAGAAGUAGAUGGAGUAACAUGGAGUGUGACCUGUGUCAGUAUGGGAAACCCCCAUUGCGUAACUUUUGGCAACAAAAUUGACCAGAAUCUGCAGGUGGAUGAAAUAAAUUUAGCUGCAAUUGGUCCAAAGUUUGAGCAUCAUGAGAUGUUUCCAGCACGAACAAAUACAGAAUUUGUGCAAGUCUUCUCCAAAUCACACCUUAAAAUGCGUGUUUGGGAGCGUGGGGCAGGCGCGACACUUGCUUGUGGAACUGGAGCCUGUGCAGUCGUUGUUGCAGCAGUUCUUGAGGGUCGUGCUGGGCGGAAUUGCACCGUUGAUCUACCUGGAGGACCAUUACAGAUAGAGUGGAAUGAGCAAAACAACCACGUAUACAUGACUGGACCAGCGGAAGUAGCGUUCUAUGGAUCGGUUCCCCUACAGUAAAAAUCAACGUUUGCUGGUUCUUGAUGCCUAUCACCGCCACAAAGUAUGAGCACAAAGCAAUCGUCAAAUUUUGGCUCCUUCAGCUCAUCUCUUGCGAUGAUCGAUAGGUACCAUUCAACCAAAGUAUGCACACAUUAUCUGUUCAUUAUGAAUUCUAGCCGAUUGUUAGGUGGAGAGGGAAGAUUAAUGAAAUUAGGCUCUUCUAACUUGAUUGAAAGCUAUAUUGUUUGAUUAGUCUCUUUGAAUUUAACAUAUUCCUAGUCUACUAUUUGCUCGUGUUCGAAUGCAAAUGAUUUCAGAAUAUGUCAAUAACGUAACAAACUAUGUUCAUAUUGACUAUUCAAUUAUUAUGUUGAUUAUAUUGAGCAUGGGAAGAUUCGAAACUGGUUUGGCCUCUUAGUUGAGGGUAUGA